AUUCUUCGUAAACAUCCGCUGAGUGGUUUUACACAAUCGCGCUCCCACGCAUCACGAAGAACCAACCCUCCCGUUUCUCGGGCGGUCACUUCCCCUGGUUUCGAGGACUCCAGGUCACGGGGACCAACGUGGCGCAAGCAUCGCGUGGGGUGCCCACACCCGCUCCUCGGUCCGCAGACUCCUCGGGGUCCCGGGACCACCCAGCUGCGGGUCCACUGGAGACUGUCUCGGGCACUAAGUGGGGAGGAGCCCUCACGCACCUCGCCAGCGGCCGGGCGGAGGAGAGGCCAGGAGCCCCGCCCCUCCCGUCGCCCCGCCCCCGUCGCUCCGCCAGGUGCGCGUGCGCCGCUACCGCGUCGCGCUCUUUCCGGGCUCCGCGGCGAGCGGUCUCGUCUGUGCAAGUCGCGGCGUUCUCACACUCGCGCGCCCUCAGGUCCCCGCGAGUCGCCCGGCCCCCAGCCCGCCCUGCUCCUCAUCAGCCCGGCGGAGGGGCCAUGGCGCAGCGGCGGCGGCGGCGGCGGUCCGAGGCCGGCUGCGGAGCCCGCGGCGCGCUGGCGCUGCUGGCGUUGGCCCUGUGCGCGCCCGGGGCGCGGGGCCGGGCGCUCGAGUGGUUCUCGGCUGUGGUGAGCACCGAGUACGUGGACCCACGGACGAACCGGACCGUGUGGAGCGUCUCGGAGAGCGGCCGAUUCAGCGACAGCUCGCCCAAGGAGGGCGCGCUGGGCCUGGUGGGCGUCCCGCACGCGGCGGACCGCGACCCCGAGGGCUGCGCGACCGACACGCGCUUCCUUGUGUCUCCACCCUGGGUCGCCCUGGUGGCGCGCGGAGGCUGCACCUUCAAGGAGAAGGUGUUGGUGGCAGCGCGGAGGAACGCCUCAGCGGUGGUGAUCUACAACGAGGAGCGCCACGGGAACGCCACCUCGCCCAUGCCCCACACGGGAACAGGAAAUAUAGUGGUCAUUAUGGUUAGCUAUCCAAAAGGAAAGGAAAUUUUGGAUCUGGUGCAAAAAGGAAUUCCAGUCAAAAUGACCAUCGAGGUUGGCACCCGUCACGUCCAGGAGUUCAUCAGUGGUCAAUCUGUGGUGUUUGUGGCCAUCGCUUUCAUCACCAUGAUGAUUAUCUCAUUAGCCUGGCUAAUAUUUUACUAUAUACAGCGUUUCCUGUACACCGGCUCACAGUUUGGAAGUCAGAGCCAUAGAAAAGAAACCAAGAAAGUUAUUGGCCAGCUUCUGCUUCAUACUAUAAAGCAUGGAGAAAAGGGACUUGAUGUCGAAGCUGAGAACUGUGCAGUGUGCAUUGAAAAUUUUAAAGUAAAGGAUGUUGUCAGAAUUCUGCCAUGCAAGUAUGUUCUCGUUACCUCCUGUGAUGUUAAAAAUAACUUGACAGGCUUCAGGUUUCCAGCAAAAGAGUUUCUUGUCUUUAGGACAUGAAGAUCUGGCUCUCUGUAUGAUCUCAUCCUUUAGAAAAGAUGUUUCCAGUCUUCAAGGCUCCUCCUGUAUUCUAUUGCUUUAAAAUUGCUUUGCUUAGGAGACUGUAGGUGACUGUUGAGACCCAUUACAUAUCUUUGUCAUGGCUUUUUAAGGAGCAAAGAAACUGAAGUGUUGAUUAGUGAAGGCCCCAGGAGAGGGCCACGGCAGUGGUUUGCUGUUAUUUGCACCCUGGGUUUGGGUUCUUUCGGGGAUUGUGAAAAAUAAACAUUCCUCCCCUUACUCUUGGUACAUUAAGGAUUUGUUAUUUUAGCAACAGGAAGUUGUGUUUCCUUUUUAAUAACGGGAUAGUGAUAAUUUUUUAAAAGAAUUCCUUUGUUAGCAGAAGGGUGCACAAAAAUAUAAUACGUUUAAGUCUGAUC